AUGCAUUGUUCGGCUUUGACAAGGGCGUUGUGGCUCGCAUGGGUGGUUUCGGCGCAGCCUCCACCACCAAGCGCUAAUGCAACCGUGCCCGCCCCUGGGCCUACAGGGACCUCACCGGCGCCGGCACCCGUGCCCACAGAGCCCCCGUCCAACGGCUCGGCAUCCUUGGAAGUUUUCACCAUCUCAGCAAACAAUAUCACGGCCUCAUUUAUUCCGUACGGUGCCCGCUUGACCUCCCUGCUUGUGCCGGAUAGAUCCGGCCAGCAGCAGGAUAUCGUAGUCGGGUUCGAUGAUCCUGCCCAAUACGUUGCGAAUGCCGCUUCCAACAACGCUUAUAUUGGACCUGUUGUUGGACGCUAUGCGAACAGAAUCAAGAACAGCACCUUUGUCCUAGAUGGCGUCACAUAUCACAUCCCUUCGAACGAGUUCAACAAGACUCAGACUGUGCAUGGCGGCGUUGUCGGCUAUGACCAACGGAAUUGGAUCGUUACUGACUAUACCACAAAUUCCAUCACCUUCGCUCUCUUUGAUAGGGGGUUUGAAAACUUCCCGGGUGAUGUGAUAAACCUGGCGACCUAUACAGUCAAUUCUUCGUGGAGUGCGAACAACUCAGACUUUCAAACUCAACUCACGACGAGGACUGUGUCCAUUGCCCUAACAGCGAGGACACCCAUCAUGCUGGCGAACCAUAUCUACUGGAAUUUGAAUGCUUUCAAGGAGCCGAAUAUCCUGAACAACACAUAUCUUCAGCUCCCCCUAUCGAGUCGGUAUAUCCCGACAGACUCGCAUUUAAUCCCUACAGGGCAGAUAGGGGAUGUCAAAACGGCGCUUAACGGCACUCUGGACUUCACAUCUCCGAAACUGGUUGGUCAAGAUAUCCGCUCCGCAUCAGUCUGCGGUAACAACUGCACGGGAUAUGACACAUGUUUCAUCAUCGACCGGCCAUCCAACCGUUCAGACUGGACUUCGUCUCCAGAGACCAUGAUCCAGGCUCUUAACAUGACCUCUACCACCACCGGUAUCUCCAUGGUUGUUCACACCAAUCAAAAAGCUGUCCAGAUUUACAGCUGCAACACCCAAAAUGGAACUCUACCCGUCAAACCAUCGCAGGUUCAACGCAACAAUCAGCAAAACGCUGGAAAUAUGACACACCCUGUCGAUACAGUGCAACAAUAUGGGUGUCUCGUCAUUGAGCCGGAGGGUUGGAUUGAUGGAAUCAAUAAUCCACAAUGGGGUCAGUUGCCGUAUCAAGUAUUUGGACCUGCUUCUGCCCCAGCGGUUAACUGGGCGACCUAUGUUUUUGGGACGGUAUAG